GCCAUGCCAAACAUCCGAUUCCACCCUGUCUCCUUCUAUUCAUCCACCUAAGCGCACCUGGCCGCAGGCGAACGCACGCACCGCAGUUCUGGACAGCUGACACCCUUGCAAUUCGGCGACCUCCGUCAUGUGAAGGUCCAUUGAUUCGUUCAUGCACCCCAGUUUAUACGCUUUAUUUGUGUCUGUCUAUAUUGGCGCCUAUUCCAACUAAGACGUCAAAGACUCGUCAAAGUCGUUCAGAAGCGAGUAUUACCUCCGCAUUAGCAUAGCAUGACAUCCCUUCUGUAGAUCUCUGGCCACCCCUCCGUUUUCAUCCCGGACUUAGACACCCUCGCAUACACCCUUGCCAUACCGCCUAUCAAUCGUCACUAAAGGUCAGGUGCAAUGUUUCUGCCAAGAAGAGGAAGUAGACCAUCUGGACGCCAUAUGCACUCUACGCACCCUAGUGGACCCCAACCGACACCUUCAUGAGCGCCAUCCUCAUUUCGAAGCGGUAAUAACGGCACUAGUGGGCACGUGAAACAGAAAUCCCACUCCAUCCACCAAAGUGGUAGACCAAUCUGGAUACCUUUGGUGUCACGCUCCUGUUCGCAUCCCAAAUCAGCUAUAUAAAUCACCUUCCUGCGAAGCCCCCUUACUCGCUCAAGGACUCUUACCAUCCCCGCCUGUCUCUUCUCUCCUCAGAGACAUUAUGCGCGAUCGUCUCCGCUCUCUCCUGCUCGGAGCUCUUGCAGUUCUUCCCCUCUCGACGGCAUUCUCCCCGGGCUUCCCUUAUGGCUCAGAGAAAGUACGCGGUGUCAACCUUGGCGGUUGGCUCGUUCUCGAGCCUUGGAUCACCCCCAGCUUAUUUGACGAUACGGGUAACAACGCCAUCGUUGAUGAAUGGACUUUCGGUCAAUACCAGGACUAUAACAAUGCCCAUGGCACACUUGUGAACCACUGGAACACGUGGAUCACAGAAGAUGACUUUGCUCAGAUUGCUGCUGCUGGCCUGAACCACGUGCGCCUGCCGAUCGGUUACUGGGCCUUCGACGUUGGUCCCGGGGAGCCGUACAUUACGGGCCAGCUUCCCUACCUUCAGAAGGCAAUUCAGUGGGCGGCAAACCACAACUUGAAGCUCAUCGUUGACCUUCAUGGAGCCCCUGGGAGUCAAAAUGGAUACGAUAACUCUGGUCAUCGGAUUAAUUAUCCGGGGUGGCAGUCCAACCAGACCAAUAUCGAUCGUACCGACGCCAUUAUCAAGACAAUUGUCUCCAUGGUUGAUGGUCAGACGGGCACCGUGCCUAUCAUUGCACCUUUGAACGAACCGGCGGGAUACGAUGGCGAUGCGAUCCUGUCAGCAGCGAAGCAGUACUGGCUGGAUUCGUACGGGAACAUCAGAUAUCCCCCAGGUGUUGCACCAACGAACACCGUGGAGCUCAUUCAUGACUGCUUCCAGCCGCUUAGCUACUGGAAAGGAUGGCAGACCGGUUCCAGCUUCCAGGGAGUGGCGAUGGACACCCACAUUUACCAAAUGUUUAGUGAUCAGAACAACGCGCUUAGCUAUCAGGGUCACAUCAACCAAGCAUGCGGUCAAGCUUCCUCAUUGUCAGGAUUCGAUUUGUGGCUCAUUGUUGGCGAGUGGACACCCGCGGCAACGGACUGUGCUAAAUACCUGAACGGGCGCGGCGUCGGUUCCCGGUACGACGGCUCAUACGCCGGAUCUCCGGGAGUGGGUAGUUGCAACGGCCUGACUGGCAGUGGCUCUACGUUCUCUUCGUCAUACAAGACGUUCUUGCGUCAGUUCUGGGAAGCGCAGGUGAUCAGCUACGAGAAGGGUGGUCAGGGAUGGAUCCAGUGGACAUGGAAAGCUGAGGAUGCGGAUGAGUGGACAUACCAGGCAGGUCUCAAGUACGGAUGGAUACCCUCGAACCCGACAGCCUACAAGUACCCGAACAUCUGCGGUUAAUUGAUUUUGUGCCUCUUGUUCCAAUUUUAUCUACUACACACAACAUUUUCAUGUCCGUUACGAACCCUUCCAACAUGACUUUCUGUUCGAAAACGAUGUUUUACUAUAAUUAGUAUAGCCUCUUAUACCAC